AUGGCUGAAGACGUUGAAGUUUCCUUAUGCAAACUUUUGAUAUCCAACGAAUUUUCCCUUCAAGUUGAUGAAUCAACCUUGCCAUGUAAUGUAGGCUUUAUUGUGAGCGUAGGUCCUGUUUGUAAAGAUACCAAAGGUAAAUCUAUUUUAGAUACUGUCAAAGAUUAUUUUACAGAGAAAAACAUUCCUACUGCAAAUAUUAUCUCGAUUGCCACUGAUGGAGCUAAUGCAAUGUUGAGUCGACAUCGUGUGUUUAUAGCCCUUUUGAAAAGGGAAAUACUAGAUAUUUUAGCUGUUUACUGCAUGCUUCACAGACAGCAUUUAAAAGGAAAAAAUCUCAGCGACCGUUUGCAUCAGUCAUUGCAAUAUGUCAUGUCUGCUGUGAACAAAAUUCACAGUAAUGCUCUCAACGAUUGA